AUUGGUCCAUUCUGCGUGCAGCCUCAAUUUGAAAACCCUUCAGAAGUUACAAAGGGAUAUCACGAAAGAAGACUGCAACAAGGACGUUAAUUAAGGAGGGCCAGCACACCGACGAGAUGGACGGAGGCGCCGGGGAUCAGCUGCAGUGCUGCGCGGCGGUGGAGAGGCUGAACGCCGCGGGUCAGGCCAUCAAGCGCCAGGUCAUCAGGAAAGCCACUGUUCUCCUGGGUCGUAACGAGUUCCAGGAAAUAAUCAUUCGAAUAGAGGAUGGUAAAGUGCCUCAAAGCUACGUGCUGAAGGAAUUCAAGCUGUUCACCAAGUUUGUCAAGGAGGGGAAAUGCACUGUUCAACUGCUACCCGAAAACAUCCAGUUGCUCAUCUCCAACUGUCCCCCCGACCAACUGAACGUCUUCCUCAAGACCCUCAGUAUCAAACAUCAAGCAUGGCAGACCCUCAAACCCCUGACCUACCGGGAUAAACUGAAGGCGGCUCUGCCCCGCAGUUUUGAAACGAUCAGCCCUUUACAGCAGAGGGAUGUGCAGAAGGCCAACGAACUGAGGAGCAAGGCUGCUUCCAAAGGCCUAGCAGACCGGACUAAUAACACGAUGAGGACUGUUCCAGGACAACAGGUCAAAAGACCAAGAAGUGACUGUGAUUUCAGCCCAAGUAAGGCAAACCCCAGCAAGAGGCCGGUGCUUUCUCUCCCGGCAGCUCGUAAGCUGAACAAAGAACAGGCCGCUGUCCUCACCGCUGUGCUCUCUGGAAAGAAUGUAUUCUUCACCGGAAGUGCAGGUACAGGAAAGUCUUUUCUCCUGAAGAGAAUCGUGGGCUCUCUGCCUCCAAAGAGCACCUACGCCACAGCCAGCACGGGGGUGGCUGCCUGCCACAUCGGAGGGACAACACUGCACAGCUUUGCCGGGAUCGGCUCGGGCGCCGCCCCCCUGGAGCAGUGCAUCGAGCUGGCCCAGCGGCCCGGUGUGCUGCCGCACUGGACCCUGUGCCGCCACCUGGUCAUCGACGAGGUCUCCAUGGUGGACGCCCCGCUGUUUGACAAGCUGGAGGCCAUCGCCAGGUCUGUGCGGCGUUCAACGGAGCCGUUCGGAGGCAUCCAGCUCAUCAUGUGUGGGGACUUCCUCCAGCUGCCUCCCGUCUCCAAGGGGAAGGAGAAGGCAGCCUUCUGCUUCCAGGCCCGCAGCUGGAGGAAGGUGAUCCAGGUGAACAUGGAGCUGACGGAGGUGCGGCGACAGACGGACCAGUCAUUCAUCUCCCUCCUGCAGGCGGUGCGCGUGGGCAGGGUCACUGAAGAAAUUACCGCAAAGCUGAUGGAGAGUGCCUAUCACAAAAUAGAGAGGGACGGUAUCCUGGCAACCAGACUGUGUACGCACAAGGAUGACGUGGAGCUCACAAACGAGAACAAACUCAAGCAGUUACCAGGGUCAGAGCACGUGUUUGAGGCGCUGGACAGCGACCCCUCCCAGGUGAAGACCAUCGACGCCCAGAGCCCCGUCAGUAGAGCGCUGCAGCUCAAAGUGGGCGCCCAGGUCAUGCUCACCAGGAACCUGGAGGUGGAGCGCGGUCUGGUGAACGGAGCGAGGGGAGUGGUGCUGGGCUUUGAACCCGGCAAACAAGGUCUGCCCCGCGUGCGUUUCCUGUGUGGCGCCACGGAGGUGCUGAAACGCGAGCGCUGGAUGUUCAAGGUUGGGGGCGGGCUCUACGUUAGCCGCCAGCAGCUGCCACUCAAACUGGCCUGGGCCAUCUCCAUCCACAAGAGUCAGGGAAUGACGCUGGACUGCGUGGAGAUCUCCCUGGCUCGUGUGUUCGAGUGCGGCCAGGCGUACGUGGCCCUCUCCCGAGCAAAGACCCUGGAGGGGCUCAGGGUCAUGGACUUUGACCCCCGGGUGGUCCGGGCUGACCCUGACGUCCUCCUCUUCUACAAGCAGCUGAGGAAGGAGAGGCUGCUGAUGCAGGCCUCCAUGGAUGAAUUUGUCGGCAGAAAGAAAAAGGAUAACCACUUGCGGUAGUCCCUUGACUUCCUCGCGUGAUGGCCUGUGCACUGUUUACUUUAGAGUUCGGCCCUGUCCGUAAUGCAUCAUGUUAUGUCCCGAGUGUAACCACGGAAUCAAUCGGAGCGCUCUCCGGACAGUCGACUGAAUUAUCAACGGGUAAUUGGAGUUAUACCUCCCCCUAGUGCCAAAAGUGCAACACAACAUUUUAUUUAUUUUUAUAUUCAUUUUUAUUUAUAACUGUAUGGAGAAUGUUUUGCAGAAAUAAAGUGUUAUUUUAAUGAUUUUGUAGUAAAAUGACUUAAGUUGUGGUCAAAAGAACUGGCAAAAAGGUUUGCAAAGCCUGAUAGUAGCUAGUUUCAAGCAGGUUUUCAAAUGAUCCAGUCAUGGUAAAAAUGGUAUUUGCACAUUAUCUGGGAAAAGGCUGACUGGCAUAAGAGCAAAACAAUGCGGUCAAGGAGGUAGCACAUUCUCAUGUUUGGAUACUUUGAGUAAUUUCCAAAGUUGUCCAUGAGCCCUGGACUUAAGUUCAAUAUCAACUUGUGCUAUAAAGUGUAAUUUGCAAGUAAAUCAACCUCUUCACUAACUGGAUAUCGCAUAAAUGUAGCGAGUCUGACAUACAAUUUUUCAAUCAAGUGAUAAGGGAUGUUUAGAUUUUGAAUUGUCACCAUCUACCCGUCAAUCAUGAUCGAUGUAAUGGGCACCCCUGAGCUAGACGGACCCUCGACUUAUGUCAAACACAGGAGAAGACCGAUUUUCAUACUGCUUUUAAAGGAAUCACAUUCACAACUGGUGGCAUAACACCACCCCUUUUAAAGUUUCAGGAACUUGGGUCAUGAAUAAGGAACAGCACUAAAGUUGAUCAUAAAAUUAUUUUAUCAUGACUUGGUAUAUCAAGUCAAGUGUUUUCAAAAUAAACUGAC